AUGUCGGAGGCUCCAAACUUUGUGCUAUUCGAACAUGCCGUUGGUUAUACUUUGUUCAAAGUCAAGGAAUUUGAAGAUAUUGGAAAUGUAACUUCCGAGGUUUGUGUUACGCUAGUAUUUAACCAGAGCGUCGGGGGGCCCUACGGGCCCCUAUCCCCUCUGGUGCAUUUAGAAAACGUUUAUUCAGGUCUUUUUUUAAGAAUGUUAGACAGAAUUUGAGGGUCGGCCACCUACGGCACCCUCCAAUGAGUAGAAAUUAUCAUUGCUUUUGCGCUGGUACGCUCGGGGGACCUGCGGACCCCCUCGCACUUUUUUGAUUCCGAAAUUGAGAAAUGAAUUUGAAUUUUUCCACGAUUUGCCGAAAUUUACCGAUUUUGCUUCGAAUUUUUCAAAAUGAGAAUAGAUUGGCUUCACUCGAAGCGUGACAGACACGGCGACGAACGAAAAACGACAUUCUAUUCUACUCAUUGAGACCGGGAAUCAAAUGCUGAUUCAAUCGAAGGAUUAAUUGUGCUCUUGUAGGUUGCUGCUGCCCUCAGUGAUCCUCAAAGAUUCUCAUCUAUUGUCGAAGUUCAUGCAUUUGAGCCUUUCAAGAACACAGAAGCUGCUUUGGAAAACUGCAAUUGUAUUUCUGAAGGUUCUGUUAGCUUUUUCAUUCUUAUUUGAACUUUAGGUCUUGCUCAUGCUGAUCUGAUAAAUUUCUUGGAGGCAAAUCUUCCCAAAAAGAAGAAGAAGGUGCUUUUGGGUAUUGCAGACCCCAAAGUGGGAUCGGUUAUCUCCGAACAGAUUCCCGGUCUUCGUCUCACACAGACGGGUGUUAUCCCCGAGAUCCUGCGAGGAAUCAGAAUGCAUUUUAAGCAUCUCUCCAAGAACUUCCCUCACAAAGCUCUUGAUAAGGCUCAGCUCUCUUUGGGUCACUCUUACUCUCGAUCCAAGGUUAAGUUUGAUGUGCACAGAGUGGACAACAUGGUUAUUCAAUCUAUUGCUUUGCUUGACCAAAUGGAUAAGGAUAUUAAUUUGUUCGGAAUGAGAAUUAGAGAGUGGUACUCUUAUCAUUAUCCGGAGCUCUUCAGAUUAGUUCCCGAGCAGUACAAGUAUGUCAGAUGUGCAACCACGAUUAUGGACAGAGAGACCUUGGAUGAGGCUAAGAUCGAACAGUUGAAGGGUAAGAUUAUUUCUGGGGCUAAACGUAUUUUUUAGAAAUUCUCCAAGACGACGACAAGGUUAACGAGGUGGUUGAAGCUGCCCGUACAUCCAUGGGAAUGGAGAUUGCCAAGUUGGAUCUCGACAACAUUGAAUUAUUUGGAAAGAGGGUGGCUUCCCUCUCCGAAUACCGUGCUCGACUCCACGAAUACAUUAAGAACAGAAUGUCUGCUUGCGCCCCAUCUUUGUCCGCUCUUAUUGGAGAGCAAGUUGGAGCCCGUCUUAUCUCUCAUGCUGGCUCUUUGACAAAUUUGGCCAAGUAUCCAGCCUCCACUGUUCAGAUCUUGGGAGCCGAGAAAGCUUUGUUCAGAGCUUUGAAGACCAGAACCAACACUCCUAAACAUGGUCUUCUCUUCCAUUCUGCUUUCAUUGGAAAGGCUUCAAUCAAAAACAAAGGCAGGAUAUCUAGAUUCUUGGCCAACAAGUGCACUAUUGCCUCCAGAAUUGACUGUUUCUCUGAUAUUCCUGUUCCCACUUUCGGGGAGUUUUUGAAACAACAAGUGGAAGAUCGUCUGACAUACUUUGAGACUGGUCAAGUUCCCAAGAAGAAUUUGGAAGUGAUGAGAGAUGCCACCUCGGAGGCCGAGCCUGUUAUCGCCAAGGUAAGCGCCGAAAGAUAUGACUGAAAACCCACCUUAUCUAGGUAAUCAAGAAGAGAAAGAAGGCUGCGAAGAGGGCCAGGAAGGCUGCCGAGGAAGAAACCAAUGGGCACGCCAAUGGAGGUCAAACUGAAAUCGAAGAAGUGAUGGAAGUCGAUGAAGACGAGCCAAAGCCCAAGAAGAAGAAGAAGGCCAAGAAGCAAGUUGAAGUCGAGGCCUAG